UAAAAAAAUAAAUUUACCUACUUACCCUUGAAUUACAUGCUUAGGAACUUAAAUAGGAAGGGGUUUUUUCGUCUUUUUAGUAAAAAAAAUUGUUGCCCUACUUUUUCUGGUUUUCCCCCAAGCCGCCGUUCUCUUCAGUCCUCACAAUCUCACUUCUCACUCGACACGGUCACUCACUCACACGGACAGGGGACACUCACGGACUCACGGCGUUCGGCGUUCGGCGUUCGGUCACUUCGCCGGCUCACUCUUCUCCUUCGCCACUCACCGACUCGUCGCCUACGGAUCCGGGAGAUUGAAUCAGGUUUUGAUAUUGGUGGCCGAAAUUUAGAUGGGAUUAAGGGAUUUGGCCGAAAUAUAAAGAUGUGGUAUCAUCUAGAUCUACGCUCAGAGUCUCAGAGAUAGAAAGAAAAUACCAAGAGAUGAAAGCAGAUGUUUCCUCCAAGUCAGAUCUCCCAUUUUAGUUAGGUCGUGUCGUUGUGAGGGAAGAUACAAUAGCAAAAAAACAUAUGGCCAUUAAACCGACAGUUGCGCUGAGGGCUAUACUUGUAGGAGGAGUAGCAGCAUUUGCAAAAAUAGCCGGUGUAAUGAAGGCUGCAGGUGGUGUAAAGAUGGGCGCAGCAACAGCGGCAGCUGCCAUGACAGCAGCAGCGACUGCGGCUAUGUCAGCAAAACAGGAACCAAAGGAUGCUUCCAAGCAGCCUUAAAAAUAACUUCCCAGUGAGUGUUUGGGGAGUAAAUUGGCUAUAUUUGAAGUUUUUGUAUCGUAACCUUGAUUCUAAGACGAUGUAUAAACCAUCUGAAAUAAAAGAAAUUACGUUGUUGAUUUA